AGGAUGGCAGCCCGGCGUGCGCUCAAAGCUGUCCUGGUGGAUCUCAGCGGUACGCUUCACGUCGAGGACUCAGCUGUGCCGGGGGCCCAGGAAGCUCUUAAACGGUUGCGUGGUGCUCCGGUUGCCAUCAGGUUUGUGACCAACACAACCAAGGAGUGCAAGAGGGAUUUGCUGGAGAGGCUGAAGAAACUCGACUUUGACAUCCAGGAAGACGAGAUUUUCACAUCUCUGACGGCAGCCAGGAACCUCCUGGAGGAGAAGCGUGUCAGGCCAUUGCUGCUUGUGGAGGAGAGCGCUCUGCGCGAUUUCAGAGGACUAGAUACAAAUGACCCCAAUGCUGUAGUGAUCGGGCUGGCUCCAGAACAGUUCAAUUAUCAAAUGAUGAAUCAAGCUUUCCGGCUAAUCCUCGACGGGGCUCCCCUCAUAGCCGUACAUAAAGCUCGAUAUUACAAGAGGAAAGAUGGUCUCGCUCUUGGCCCCGGGCCAUUUGUUACCGGGUUGGAAUAUGCCACCGACACCCAAGCUACUGUGGUGGGGAAACCUGAGCGCACUUUCUUCUUAGAAGCCCUGCGCGGUACCAACUGUGCGCCAGAGGAAGCCAUCAUGAUCGGCGAUGACUGUAGGGAUGACGUUGGCGGUGCUCAGAAUGCUGGCAUGCUGGGUAUACUGGUCAAGACUGGCAAAUACCGCAAAGGUGACGAAGGCAAAAUUAACCCUCCUCCAUACUUGACUUGUGAGAGCUUCCCCUGUGCUGUGGACCACAUCCUCCAGCAUCUACUGUGAAGAUACCUAAAAGGUUUGGAAC